AUGGAAGUCCUCCACUCAUCGCCCGAAGCAUCCAGCUUCGUUACCAUCGCUGAGCACCAGUCGCGGACACCAAGCUCCUUCCACAACGGACCGCCUGUUCUCUACUACCACAGCGAGCGAUGCAAGGUCGUCAUCCUCGAGCGUGACCUACUGGCCACGCCAGCUCUGAAUGCGCUGCGCGGAGAAAGCGCCUCUACCAGUGGGACUAGCGCUGCGGCUGCGGCGCAAGAAGACGAUGACGACGAGGGUCCUGAGGUUGCCAUUGAGGGCUUGCAUACCUGGGUGACGUCUGAGAAAUUCAUCCUAUACUCCCCCUCGACCUCAACCGGCGUCUCAAUCCCCUACCCAUCAAUCUCGCUCCACGCAAUCCAGCGCCUCCGCAUCCCCGGCGCAACAGACACCGAAGUCCAAGGCCUAUACAUGCAAAUCGCCAUCCCCACCGCACCCACCUCCGAAGACGACGAAGAGCAAUGUAUCACAAUGACAGUUGUCCCGCCCGAACUCACCCCCGAGCAGCGCACAGCCCAAGAAGAGACUAGCGACGAGACCGCCGAAACCCCAACGCAGAUGCUCUACAAUGCCGUAUCCGCGUGCUCAAACCUGCACCCCGACCCCGUUGAACCGGGCGAUGAGGAUGAGGAUGACGAGGAGUCGAAGCAUUCGUUCUUCCAGUUUGGGCAGGAGGGGAUGGGCUCGUUGAAUGGGGAUUCGUUGCCGCCGCCUGUUGAUGGGAGUUCUGGGUGGAUUACGGCGGAUAAUAUGCAUGAGUUUUUUGAUGAGGAGGGGAAUUGGAUUGCGGAGGGUGAGCCUGCUUCGUUCCCUGGGUUGGGACCUGGUGCUGGGACUGUGAGGGCUCGGGAGGAGGAGAAUGGGGAUGGGGAGGGUCAGGAUGGGGAGGAGGGUGAGGGUGAGGGUGAUGAGACUAAAUGGCGGAGGACGGAUUAA